UAUGACCGUUAGAGAGAGGCCCUUUACAAAAUUCAGGCGUUAUUCAAAACUUUAUGUUAUUCGAAUCCAAUCAAAGUUGAAUUCCUCGUCUCAUCCAUAGUAGUAAUGCAUCGAAUCCAAUACCCAUCUGAGGAAGUGGAAAAAAGCUUCUUCUGAUACAGACCACUAAUCUCCUUCUCUCUCUCUCUCCUCAAAAUUCUCUCUUUCUCUCUCUCUUGUUCUCCAGAAAGCAUCAUCAGGUAAGAAGCAGCAGUUGGAUUGAUGGGGAAGCGGAGUGCAGAGGAGAUGAGAACAGGGGAGGUGGUGAUCGUGGAAGCAGAGAGAGAAAAAGCUCAUCACCCCUAUGCUUUCCAUGUCUCCGGACCUCGCAAUGUUGCUUCCCCUAACUGGAGAGACCUCAUCAACUCUAGCUGGAAAGACGGAAAUUACAAAAGAACAGUAAUUGCGUGCUUCAUACAAGCGGUUUACUUGCUUGAACUCGACAGACAAGAGAACAGGACAGAGGAAAGCGCUCUUGCUCCAAAAUGGUGGAUACCCUUUAAAUACAAGCUCGCCCAAACUCUAAUUGAUGAAAGAGAUGGGUCAAUAUUCGGUGCAGUACUUGAAUGGGAUCGAUCUGCAGCCAUGGCUGACUUCAUAAUCAUUAGGCCAAGUGGUGCACCAAGAGCGGUACUAGUGCUCAGAGGAACACUACUCAAAAGCCCAACGAUUAGAAGGGAUAUAGAGGAUGAUCUCCGCUUUCUAGCCUGGGAAAGCUUAAAGGGUUCAGUCAGAUUCAACGCAACGUUGGAGGCAUUGAAAUCAAUUGCUGAUAGAUAUGGAAGCAGCAAUGUAAGCGUUGCAGGCCAUUCAUUAGGGGCUGGUUUUGCUCUCCAAGUGGGAAAAGCAUUAGCCAAACAAGGGAUAUUUGUGGAGGCUCAUCUGUUUAAUCCACCCUCGGUUUCACUAGCAACGAGUCUGAAAAAUAUAGGAGAACAGGUAGGGUUUGUUUGGAAGAGGUUUAAGUCGAUGCUCCCUUCAAAUAGUGAAACUCAAGCCAGUGGAAAUGAAGUGGAUGAGACUAAUAAUAUUGUUGGAUUGAAUAAAUGGGUACCUCAUUUGUAUGUGAACAAUAGUGACUACAUUUGUUGCUAUUAUACCAAUCCAGCAGGAUCGGAAGCAGAAGCAGGAGCGGGAGCAAGAGAGAACAACGGGGCUAACAAGGAGAAUGUGGGACCCACAAAUGGGCAUGCGGCGGCUAAGCUUUUUGUGUUGUCAAAGGGGAAGCAAAAGUUUCUUGAGGCACAUGGAUUGGAACAAUGGUGGUCUGAUGAUUUGGAGCUCCAAAUGGCUCUACAGAGCAGCAAACUUAUAAGUAGGCAGCUGAAGUCCUUAUACAGCCUCCCACCACCACCUCCAAAACACUAAUAGGUUAUGUUGCUGGCUCGGCUUCUCAUUCUUUUCUACUUAAUUGUCCAAAAACAAAAACAAAAACAAAAAAAACAAAAAAAAAAAA